ACAAGUUGGCGUGCUCGCGUUCUUUGGAAUCUCCAGUAAAUCGUGUUUCGUGAAGAUUUAUAAGUCUAUGGGUGAAAGCCCCAUAGCUUCAGAUUGAUUGUUCUAAUUUUCGUGCUCAGAAAUUUGAAUUUCAAACAGUGGAAAACCAUGGACGAAUACAACGACGAAGGUAAUUCGGCAUCGGAAGCGGACAGUCAAGUCGACUUGGAAAACGAGGGCCCCGAUGGCGAAAUCGUGUUCGAUGCCAAAUUGGUGGCCGCUCAAUCAUCGAUCAGCAUUUACCAAUGCAGCUUCUGCGGCUAUCAAACCCCCUUUCGAUACAUUCUGAAGCGGCACUACGUAGGCUGCCAGCUGAAAAGCGGCCCCAUAAGCCGCCUGUGGGAGUGUAAUGUAUGCAAACAAAUUUUCACCCAUCACAGCCAUUUAAAACUGCAUAAAAAUAAAGCGCACUUUGCAGAAAGUUUCCGGUGCGACAAUUGUUUGUUUCAAACUUCAGAUAAAGAUCGGUUCGAAGAGCACUUUGUCAAUGGCCAGUGCGUCGAAGAGAAGGUGUACCAAUGCGAUAGGUGUCCUUUUAAUAGUCCUGUUAGAAUGAGGCUGAUAAAUCACGCAAAAACGCACAAUCCUAAUCGUCAGGGUUAUAUGAAAAAAGCGCAUUUGUGUAUUUACUGCAACCGGAAAGUUGGGAGUCACAAACUGUUUAAAAGGCACCUUAUGGGACAUACAGCAGUCGAUAAGACUUACUGUUGUGAAUAUUGUGAUUAUACUACUCGACAGUCAACCCAGUUGGAUGAACACAAGAAAGUACAUCAAGAUAUGCAGGAAAUGGUUAUGUUAGAAUGCAGCCGAUGCAGUCUUACGUUUUUUAGUUUGACCGAACUGAAGGAACAUUUUGCAAAAAAAAUGUGUCCGACACGCGAGAGUGAAGGAAAAAAUAAAAGAUUACAUUAUAAGAGAGGCAGGCCAGGAAAAACACCCAAAGGUGAAGAAGGUUUAGUGUUCACUUGUCACUUGUGUCCUUACGCAGGCAGGCACCUGUAUGACUUGACCAGACAUUGCCGAGUAGUACACAGAGUGAACAUAUUCAAGAGAAGGAAAUUGUCAGUCUUGGGCGAAGAAAAAGGUUAUUCUUGUACCCGAUGCAAUUUUAUCAGCAAAUAUUUCAGUAAUUUGUGUAGACACAUAAAAACCGUGCACUGUUUGGGCAGUAGCGGUUUGCCUACAUUGACCAAACAUUCAGCUAUCGAGGAAAAAUACCUGUUUAAGAAUGAUUCCACUUACGUGUGCCACGAGUGUUCCUUGAUUAUAAUGGACGAGUAUCAUCUGGCUUACCAUAAAUUUUUAGAGCAUGGACUGAAAGACGAUCUGUUCAAGUGGUGUCUUCAGUGUUCCCAAUGUGAUUACAACACUGUCAGUAUAAAAGUGUGCUUCAACCAUGGCAAAACGCACGUGAAAACGAAAGGGUCCGCGCCCGUUGGGUUUGUGAAAACUUGCGAGGGGGAAUACAAAGGCAAUUUUUGUAUAGACUACAACAAAAAUAAGAUAUUCAUCAACAAUCAAAUAUCCGACAGUGAAGACCAGGCAUGGUUAGACGCCGAGGAAAAUGGAGGCCAUGAAACCAUUGAAUUCAACGGGAAAAUCGACAUCAUGAGCUUUCUGGAGGACAAAAACAUGGAAAACGAAGAAGAACUGGAGAGGUUGAGCAACAUAAUCGAUUGGCAUGUCACGGAAGUUGACGAGCUGAACGAUCCGGAAGAAGCGCAGAACCGGGGAUUCACCGACGAACCCGAUGACAUCCUACAGUUUUACGAGGACGAUGACGAGCAAGAAGUAAGAGACAACGGAGGAGAAGAUUUCGAAGAAAUCGUAGAAGAAUUCGACGAAGUCGCGGAAGAAUUACAAGGAAUCCAAGAAGAACUGCAUGAAAUUAUUGAAGAAGAAGAAGAAAACGAAGAACCACCUCAAGAAAUUCAAGUAACAGCAUCCAAAUCUCCCCAAACUCUCACCACAGAUCAGGAGGUGAUUACUAUCGAAAUCCUCGACGACGAAAACAGCACAGAUCAGUUAAUUGAGUAUCUGGAAGGAGGAGGAGAUGAGACCCCUCAAUCGAAAGAAAUAGAUUAUGGUUUUGUAAAAAUUGAAAACCCCGCUUCGGAAGAUGAAAAUGAAGAAAGAGACGAAGCUGUCGAAGCGCAAGAUAAUACCAACACCUACAAUUGCUCCAAAUGUUCCUCAAACGUCGAUGAUUUCGCAUACUUACUGCCCCACGUAAACAGUCACGCCAUAGAAGACAACGACCCCGACCUAGAAGUGACGUUUUACGAGAUCAGAAACGGAAAGUACACGGCGGAGUAUACAAUACAACCCGAUUGCUUCAGGGACGCCGCUCUGGACGAAGAGGAACAGCUAGAUAGUUCGGGGAGUGUCCGAAAUCGGAUCAACACCUACCAAUGCCAGCUGUGCAAGAAGGACUUGCCGAGAAGGAAAGUCGACGAACACGCUUACCUUCACGCGGAGAAGCUCGGCGAUCCCAACCUGGAAGUAGCUUUUUCUCAGUUCAGGCAGAACAAGUUCGUUUGUAUUUACAAGCUGAAAGCCCCGUCUAACCCUGGAGAGAAGUUUUACCAGCUAGGCGAGCCGUCGUACAAGUGUCAGAUGUGCGGCAUCAUUACUUACAUCAGAAAAACGUUACAAUCGCACACGAACUUCCACGCUAGAGAAGAAAAAACCCCGAACCUGGCAGUGUCCUAUUCGGAGUUCAGAAACGACCAGAAAGUGGCUACUAUGAUUAUCAAAGCCGACCAGGACGGUGCAAGCCAGUCCAGUAAAAGAGACAGAAGUCCUAGUCCUGUAAGGGAGUAUGACCCUGAAUUGCAAGUGUUCAAUUGCAUUUCGUGUAAUUUCAAGACUAACUACCAGGCGGCGCUGAAGAAGCACAAUAAUCUUCACUGGAAUUCGGUGAAGGACAAGGACUACAAAGCGAGACGAUGGUAUUCUUGUAGUAUGUGUUUCUUUCAUUGUUUCGAUGUUGAAACGUUGAAGGAACACUCGGCGAAGCAUAAGAAAAGGCCAAAGUUCACCAGCGAGUUGAUUUAUGUCGGUAAAGACAGUUGGUUUGUCAAAUAGUCGUUUGUAUGUAUUUACUAGGGUGUCCGUUAUUUACCUUAGUUUAUUGUCUAAAAAAAAUAAGAGACCAUUGUAAACCCUUAAUAUUCACCUUAAACCUUGUCCCAAAGACGAAAGAUUUCCCAUUUAAAUUAGGUACAUGGUAAUUGGCAAAUAUUUUUUGUUCUCUCGAUCUUGUUCUCUCGCAGCCAUGACAAUCACAUAUUCUUGUACAGAAUUGAACGCUCUACAAAAAAGGUCUCCCACAAUUUUUCGAUAAACCUACUCCUUCAAAAGUUAUUCACGGUUAAAUUUAACCACUCGGUAAAUUCCUAAAGUUUUCAACUUAUUUGACAAAAUUCUGAUAAUUUUUGAAAAAUUUAAUCUAUUACUGUAAAAAUAUAUAAUUCUGAUGGUGUUAAGGUUGGGAAUUAAGAAAUCUUCAAGUCUAAUGAAGUUUAAACCAUUUAAGUAUAGCUGAUUUGUUUUAAAAAACAUUCUUGGUUAGGUUUUUAAAAAAUCUAUCAUGCAUUCAAUUUUAUUGUUCUCCAUAUUUCAAAAUUGUUUAUCGUGGCAUCAUGAAAAUUGCUUUUUUUUAAAUAAUAGAUUAAAUUUUUCAAAAAUAAUCAUAAAUUUUUCAAAAACCGAGUGGUUAACUUUAGCCGUGAAUAACUUUUGAAG